CCUACAACUUUUUUAGUAUCUCCCCGGGAGUCCUUGCGUCUGGCACGUUUGGAAAGCACUUCUUUUUGCCAUUGUGUCUGUGUCUGUGUUUGUUUAAAUUUUGAUUUUACAGUCGUUUGAACAAGACAAAAUGCCGGUUCCGAGUGAAAAACGAACCGAAAUGCAGGCCCCGGAGUUCAAGGACUUUGCCAAGGAGAUGGUCGACUACAUCGCCAACUAUCUGGAAAAUAUUCGUGACAGGCGAGUUCUGCCGACCGUACAGCCGGGAUACCUGCGGCCACUGAUUCCCGAUGAGGCGCCCCAGCAGCCGGACAAGUGGGAAGAUGUCAUGGCCGAUAUCGAGCGUGUCAUCAUGCCCGGUGUCACGCACUGGCACAGCCCGAAGUUCCACGCGUACUUCCCGACCGCCAACUCCUAUCCUGCGAUCGUGGCCGACAUGCUUAGUGGUGCUAUCGCUUGCAUUGGAUUCACUUGGAUCGCUAGCCCCGCCUGUACCGAGUUGGAGGUUGUGAUGCUCGAUUGGUUGGGCAAGAUGUUGGAUCUGCCAAAGGAGUUCCUGGCAUGCUCCGGCGGACAAGGUGGUGGUGUUAUUCAAGGUACGGCUAGUGAAGCCACCCUGGUCGCACUGCUCGGUGCUAAGGCGAAGACGAUGAAGCGCGUCAAGGAGGAACAUCCGGACUGGGACGACCAUACGAUCGUGUCCAAGCUGGUCGGAUACACUUCCAACCAAUCUCAUUCGUCCGUGGAGCGAGCGGGUUUGCUUGGAGGAGUUAAACUGCGUGGGCUGAAAGCUGAUGAAAAUCUGAAGCUACGUGGCGAAACGCUCGAAAAGGCAAUCAAGGAAGAUCUGGACGCGGGUUUGAUUCCGUUCUAUGUGGUGGCCACCCUUGGUACGACGAACACUUGCGCCUUCGAUCGCCUGGAUGAGAUCGGCCCGGUGGCCAAUCGCUACAACGUGUGGGUGCACGUCGAUGCCGCUUACGCCGGUUCGGCCUUCAUCUGCCCGGAGUACCGUUACCUCAUGAAGGGUAUCGAGACGGCCGACUCGUUCAACUUUAACCCGCACAAGUGGAUGCUGGUCAACUUCGACUGCAGUGCCAUGUGGCUGAAGGAACCGUACUGGAUCGUGAACGCGUUCAACGUGGACCCGCUCUACCUGAAGCACGACAUGCAGGGCUCCGCUCCGGACUAUCGUCAUUGGCAGAUCCCGCUCGGUCGUCGCUUCCGUGCGCUGAAGCUGUGGUUCGUGCUCCGUCUGUACGGCGUGGAGAACAUUCAGGCACACAUCCGUCGUCAUUGCGCGUUUGCCAAGCAGUUCGAAGCGCUGUGCGUCGCCGACGAACGGUUCGAGAUCUUCGGUGAGGUUCAGAUGGGGCUGGCGUGCUUCAAGUUGAAGGGCUCGAACGAGCUGAACGAGGAUCUGCUGCGACGCAUCAACGGCCGUGGCAACAUCCAUCUCGUGCCGUCCAAGGUGAACGACGUGUACUUCCUGCGUAUGGCCGUCUGCUCGCGCUUCACCGAGCCUGCCGAUAUUGAUUUCUCGUGGAAGGAAGUUGCUGCCUCCGCCGACGAGCUGCUGGCAGCGCAGAAGAAGUAAACACAGACACUGCUCUCAUUCCGAUCUGGACACUCGUACCGGUCGUGUGCCGAGUGUCCUUAUGCUGCAAUCAUCGAAAGAAAUCUUCCUGUUUUCCGUUAAGUUUUUACUCGUACGACACUUAAUUUAUUUUAUAUUGCGAGCGCAACUCGAUACACGGUAGUGAGCAUGGAACAUGUGCCCCCGUUACCCUCGCAUCAGGAUGCGUCAAUACAUCUUAUUCCUAUUGAUACACCGUACAGCAUUAUACAGGGACCAGGGGAAUCUUUGGGGAGAGACAGAAUGGGCUCAAAUUCGCGUGGCAAUAAUACCCUGCAGAACAAUAACUUUACAAUGAACGAUGAGUGUGUUAGCAAUCAUGUUGAUGUUCGAUGUGUAUUUGUAGCUGUUGAGCUGAUGCAAUAAAAUUUUAAGCAUACUAUUAA